AUUCUUCGUUGAAAUCUUAGAUCUUUGAAUUUCAAUUUUACUUUCGAUUAGAUUCGGAUUUUUUCUCUUCUUCAUAUUUUGCAUCGUGAAAACUAUACGUCUCAUGUUACAUAUACGGAUUGUUUUACAGGCUCCCUCGGACUUCGUCGAAAAUUAUUGGACAUAGAAUGCUAUUAAUGCUGCGUGCACACAAUUCGUUUUUUUUCCUUUUCUUUUAAAAGACACGAUGAAGACACGGUAAUUCUCUUAUUCAGCAACAAGACGCCAUUAGUAGCAAGGUCGUCAUAACGGUAUACAUUUCUGUAGAAUCCAUUAACGCCAGAGAGAUCGAAAUAAUCGUUCGCUUUGGGAUCGCCGUUUUGAUACCCGAGCUUACAGCCGUACUCAAUUUAGACCGUUUCUCCAUAAACAGGAAGUGGCGAAAAUGCAAAUACUGCAUUUUUUCGGCUGACAUGCGGCUGCGGUCUCACGUCGCGGAGGAUAUGACACGUCCAGAUAAAUUUUUCCCUUAUCUUGAAGAAAAAAGAAGAGGAAAAAAAACGGGAGGGGGAAAGGAGUGAAACAAACAGCGCUAACUUUUACCGUAAUCUCUGGCAAUCAAUGCCGCCUUCUUUGUCCGUCGCGCCGCGCCGCCGGUUCGAGUAUUCCGCGAGGUAGAAAACCAGUUCUCGAGUUAGUGCUUUUGCUUAGGCUUGAACGCGCGCGCGCGCGAGUACGUCGUGUGGUUGCGACGGCGCCGCGCCGCGUCAUGGGGAUCUGUGCUCGCGAAAAGCAAUGCAAGUACGAACAUGGAAAACAUUAUGCUAAUAAUCGCGCCGUCGUAGAAGGCUACGAAGGUAGUGAAAGGUAUGCCGCGUUGUCGAAGAAAAAAAAAAGCAAUGCGAGAGAAGCGCGAGAAUACCCCUCCGCGCGGCGGCGUCGCGGCGUCGUCGAUUCGAUCGUAUACGUAUGUACAAGAUCGGAAAAACGCUGGCUGCUUGAAAAUUAAACGUUUGCUGUUUCAUCUCUAGAGUUCCUAUUUGCUCAAACGGGAAGAGAAACAACUAUUCUCUUAUCUUUUAUUUUUCGCAAUCGAUAUAUGUACUACGUUCUUUCGUUUGCUUUCCAAUGUAAAUUAAAAACAAAUGAAGAGAAUGAUAUCCCAACGAUGAAUAUCGAUAUAGCUUGAAAAACAGUUACAUUAAUAUCUGCGAGCGGUGGGCGUAAAACUAAUUCUGCCGAAUUAAGUUCUUUGAACUUUUCGGUCAAGGAGUGGGUCCUCGCUCUGUCCUGUCUUGGGUUCCUUGGACUUAAGUUCCGUAUAAUAAUAACUACAUGCGCGCAGGUAGUCUUCGAGGACGGGCGAAGAAGGACGAAGAAGAAGAAGAAGAAGAAGAUAGUGAUAAUGAUGUAGAGGAAGAAAGGAGGAGUACUGCGGGAUAAAAAUAGCACGGUACCGUCGCAAAAUAAAAACUAAUGAUGCGAACUUGCAGAAUGACGAUCCCAAGAGCCAGACCCGCCGAGCAAGGGGGUGGGGGGAGAAGCAGAAGGAGAAGCACCAGAAGGAGCAUGCACAGAAGCGGAGGAAAAAGGUCUAAAAGAAAGGACAGGAUUCGCCUUUGGAGGAGAAAGAAGAGCGACUGAAUUCUGUAUCUUUCUAGCUUAAUGUACACGGUAUUUUGACAAAAUACCAUUGACGAUGGUGUUGGAGAGUUAAUAGAAGUAAAUACAAUAAAUUUUCGCAAUACUACUAUGCCAAAAUAGAAAACGCAAUCUUAAAAUCUUCCAAUUCUUGCUUUCUCACAAUAUUUCACCCUUCAAUUAUCAAUUAUUAAUUAAAAUAAUGUAAUAAUUGUAAUGUACCCUAACAACACAAGAUAUCGUAUGAAUAUUCUAGAAUAUUCCAGAUAUCGUACGAACAUUCGCACAAUAUCGUGACAUCGUGCGUACAUUUGUAAAAUAUCACAAUAUUCGUUCGAUAUCUUGUGCUGUUAGGGUAAUCUAAUUUUUACAUUUAUAACGAUUACUGCAUACGAUCAUUUCUUCUUAUUCUUCGCGUCUCAUCACAGUAGAGUUAGGAUUUCAAUUGAGAAACCGUCGCAAUGUAUCCUUUUGGAUCCUUGAAAGUCCUUGAAGAGGUAAACACGAUGGAUAUUCUCGAGAUCAUAUUUGCAAAGUGUAUACAAGAUGUUUGCGGUACCUAAGUCGUCUUUGGGAAUCGCGUCGUGCCGCGCCGCGCCGCGCCAUCGGUAACCCGCGAUGGUGGGAGCCGAGCAAGCGGUGGUUGUGCAUGCGAAGAAAUCUCCCACCCUCUCGGUGAUCGUGCGCUGGAUCACGCUACUCGACCUGUCUCCACCUUGUAGUCUCGCCGCGGUGUACCAAGAGCACCUCCGUGUGGUAGCUCAGUUAAAAGUCGGUAUUGCCAACCAGUCGGUCAGCGAGCCGGUCAGCCAGCCAGCCAGCUAGCCAACUCGAAGAAAACAAUCCUUACGUGCAUACCGUAACGUGCACACCGUGGUGCACACCGGUCUUAUAAUGGCGCGACGCGGUGACCGUUUUGGUACGAUAAAAGUUGAGGGCAACCUUCGGGUGUUCCUGCGCCGGUUCGAGAAGAGCUGAGAAAAAAAGAAGAGGGAGAGGAACGGGUUCUCCGGUGCCAGUGUGCAGUCUAGUCCAAGACACAGGAUGAUAGCGAACGUCCGAUGAGUAUCCUGCUUCCCGUUGCCCUCCUGCCAGAGCGAGAGAGAGAGUGAGGAGAGCGAAAGAAAGAGAAUAGUUCUCCGCGGGUGACUGAGCUUCGCCACCUCCAACCUUCCUCCACCACCACCAUCAUCACCACCACCACUACUAGCAGCGGUGAAGACGAAGAAGAGAUGUCGAAACAAGAGGAAAUGUCUACCAGUCGAGAAUCGCACGAGACCUGCACCGCGGUAGAAAAAAACAUGUCGACGAGGAAGAAGACGAGGAAGACGAAAAUGAUCCCGCCGGAUGGCGGGUGGGGCUGGGUGGUCCUCUUCUCCGCCCUCCUCGUCAAUUUCCUCAUCCCCGGCACCGUCAAGUCCUUCGGCGUACUUUUCGUCGAGUUUCUGCACGUUUUCAAGGCAUCCUCCACGGCGGCUUCUUGGAUGCCGGCGUUAUGCUAUUUCCUGUACAGCUCGUUAGGUCCUUUGUCUAGUAUCCUGUCGACCAAGUACUCGUAUAAAACGGUGACUCUCAUCGGCGGUACCUUUGCGGCCAGUGGAAUGAUGCUAAGCUACUUCGCCAAUUCAGUUACUUACCUUUACGUCAGUUACGGUCUUAUGGUCGGGAUUGGUGCUGGAUUAUCAUUUCCACCUACGGUUUACAUCGUUACCCAAUACUUCGUGAAGCUACGAGGGGUGGCGAACGGUCUGUGCAUUUCCGGUAGCGCGAUCGGCACCAUAGUGCUACCGCCGUUUCUGCAAUACCUUUUGGACUGCUUUGGAUACAGAGGAGCGGUACUCAUCAUGGGCGCGAUCACGUUGAACACGCUGGUCUGCGGUCUCCUCUAUCAUCCGGUCGAGCAGCACAUGAAAAUCGUACCUCUGGACGAGGGCAUCGAUAACGAAGCUCUGACUCUCGACGAGUCUGUCGGCGGAAAAAUGGAAUCUGAAAAACUGGGAGGGGACGCGAAGUUCGGCAACGACGAACCGAUACGCAAGUUCUCGGAUCUUGUGCCUAACGUGGUGCUAGAGUCAACUAAUGAGAAAGUAUCCUGCAAGCCAGAGAAGAAACUGGAUUACAAGGCGAAUGACGCAAUCCCGAGGUUACGACAUGACGUCGUUAAGAACAAGGACUCGCGGAUACAGGAGGAGACUCCACGAGAGAAAUAUACUGCGAAAGCGAACGAGUUUUGCAUGACGAUUCGUCCAAGUCUUGCGAAGGAAGACGGCGAUGAUUUGAAUGGCGAUACGCAGAAUUUAUCGCGACGGGAUAGUGCCAUUAGAGAGAAGGACGAUAGGUCGCAAUUGGAUUCUUCGAAGGUGGAGGAGAACCCAAAGGAAGAUGAUAAGGUGCGCGUCGAGGAAGUCAGACGGGACGACGCGUGCUCGAGAUCGGUGAAGACAACGUCGGAGAAGCGCGAUGGCGUUUCCAAGAACGCACCCUUCUUCGAUCUGAGCGUGUUGAGAGAUCCCAUUUAUUUAGUGAUCCUCAUAUCCAAUACCACGUCGGCCAUUAGCAACACAAAUUUCAUGAUCCUGUUGCCGUCUUAUGCGAUCGCCGAGGGCUUCGACAAAAACUCGUCGGCUCUGCUCCUGUCCAUCGUCUCGGCGUUGGAUCUGGUCGGCAGGAUCGGCGGCGCGUCCUUAUCCGACAUCGAUUUUGUACCCAAGUAUUACUACUUUGUAUGCGGACUUGGUACCAGCGGGAUCGCUUUAGCAUUGCUACCGAUGGCGACCAGUUACACUAUGCUGUCAUUCUUCUGCGGUCUCUUCGGUCUGUCGUCGGGCAUGUAUAUCGGCAUCACGACGGUCAUCCUCGCGGACAUGUUGGGAACGGAGAAGCUCAGCUCGUCUUACGGGAUAUCGUUGUUCGUUAAUGGCGUGUUGCAGCUCGUCGGGCCACCCGUUUGCGGGGUCAUCUUUGAGAACGUGCUGUCGUACAAGCCGAUCUUCUUAGCCUUCGGAAUUAUCUUGAUUUUAGGUACCGCUCUCUGGGCGGUGGUGCCGCUCAUCAAUAGAAACAAAAAGAAGGACGUAGAAGCGAUAUAGGAUUAGCGUAGGUGCGAUCUAUAUGGCGCUUCGACCAAGGUUUCUCGACGAGUUAAACGAGCGUUUAAUAAAAGACUUUAUGUAUUAAAAUUGCGACAAUUAUAGGUUGUUAGAGUUUCAACAAUACUCUUAGAUACUUUUAAACUAGUGGGACAACGAACAUUUGAAUCGUUGCAUAUUUGAUACUUGUGUUUUUUUAAUUUGUGCUCUAUAGGACGAAAAUCUGGGAAAGCUCGUUUUUUUUUUUAAUAUUAGAUGUGACAUAUCGAGCUUUGUAUCCACGAAUUCAGCACGACAUAAUUGUAUACAAUUAUCUCCGCAGCAGAUAUUUAUUAUCACGAUAAGUAUUUUUCACGAUUCGUGCCAUUAUUGCUACAUAAGAUUAUGCUACAUAAAUUGUCAUGUAACAAAGGCUUGUAUAAACAGCUAUCAUUGGAGACAGAACAAUAUUUUUGUAUUUUAGUGAAACGUCGGUAAUAAAUUGUUGUAGAAGAUGAAAGGAAUAUCCAUUCGCAAAAACAUCCAUUAGAAGAAUAGACAUGUAUAUAUACUAAUAAAUUUUUUACUAUCCGAAAAAUAUUUUUAUCGAAUAUUUUCUUAAUUGUUUCUACGAGCCUUUCUGAAACGUGCACCCAUCAAGUUUUUAUUACUGCUUGAUUCGUAGCUUAUUAACAUAAGUUUAUUUUUUACAAAUAAUUUUUACUGCCAGUAACAAAAUAUCAUUGAGAGAGAGAGAAGUAUCUCUAUAAACUUAUCUCACGAAUAAAAAUACCUAAAACAUUAGAAAAUGACGUAGAUAAGAAUAUACAUAUGUAUUACAAGAGUUCCGUUAGACGACUUUGUGCCAAAGUGAUCAGGAAAGUUUCUAGUAGUUCGAAUCACAUUCAGUCAGAGACACUUAGUUAUUAAAUUAUAUAACGGCAAUGAAUAUAUUCGAUUAUAUUAAAUGUUGAAUAGUCAGAAAUAUAUAAUGAUAUAUACAUAUAAAACUACAAUAGUUAGAUUAUAAAAAUCAUAACAGUAGAAAAAUAAAUAUUUCUGAAUAUUCUUCAUGUAUUUGAAUCAACGUUUUUCUUUCUCUUUUUUUUAUUCAAUCUUUUUAUUUAAUUUACAUUGAAACAAUGGGAUAGUUGAAAAUAACUUCAAAACAGAGUUUGUAAACAACAUAGAGGAUGUCGGUGCCGUAAUAUACAGGAAAAUAAAAGAUAAAGACGCAUUUUGAAUGAAAUAAAUAAUAAAUAUCUUUUUCA